CUUAACACUUUAAGAAUGGGAACAUUGGAAUCUACAAAAACUUGGAAGCUCUUUCACUGGUGCAUGCGUUGUCUGAGGCCUUGACCAUAAUUUAGUGUAACUAUAUCUAACAGGUCUUUGUCAUUCCAGUAAUAUAAUACAAUCGUUGAAUAGCUUGUAGUCACCCUUAGUAGAAACUGAAUGUAGAUUUUUUUAGUGAUUUGAGAAACAAAAAAAGGAUCACUUUUUCAUAGGAAAACGUUUUAUGCGAUGUGCAAAACAUUUAUUUUCCAAAUUUUUGUAAAGAAUUAUAUAUUUAAAUUGAAAUGUUUUGUAGGUGUAGUUUUUCAAAAAAAAAACAAGAAAGGUGUAGAUUUUCAAAGAAGAACAAGAGUUGAACAAAGUUAUGUUGUUCAGAUUCCUGAUCCUGGUUCAUUUUUGUGCGGCUUUCCCGUUAAAAUGUCCCGAACCAGCGCAGUGGUCAAUCCGUGCCAGAAGUCAUUGUCCGGAUCCGUCUAAGUAUUUCUGCCUAAAGAAUGAUCUUAUAAAUGGAUAUUCUGAAAACUGCACAAUAUUCGAUUUUCUACAGCCAGGUCGAAAAAAUGUUCUUCGUGGAGGAUUAGAUGCAGACAUUUGUUCGUCACAACGCUACGAGCCAUGGCCAAUAAAAUUCUUCACAAAUGUCAGUACCAACUGCAUAUUUCAGAAGUCAGCAUGCCAUGAAGAAGGACAAGUUGUCUUUGAUAAUGGAAAUCGAAGCACAGAUGCCAACUGCAGAUGUGACUACACGAGAGGAUACGAUUUCAUCGUUAAACCUCGAAAUCCAUGUUUUUGUGUCCCGUCAGAAGAAGAUUGUUCGUGCUAUUUACGGAUGUGUCACGUGCUAUCACCAGAUUACGAAUGUAUUCAUUCAGAGGAGAUUAUGCCGAUAAAUCAAUGUAAACCAAUUAUCGCUGAAAGGAAUGACAAUAAAGGAAACGACAGUGAUGCUGAGUACAUUGUAAGAGAAAAAAAGGCUUCAACUCUAGAAGAGUAUAGAACUGAAGUCAUAGUGGCGAUUUUUGUUACAUCAAUUUUAUCUCUUGUUAUUUGUGUAUCUUUUCAAAUCCAGAUACAAAUUACGAAAAGUUUAGACGUAACAAACAGGAACGAACAUUUAGCUGCAAUCAAGGACGGAACAGAAAUAAGACGUUACGUUAGAAUUCAGGUUAUUGGUAAAGAUGGAGUUGGCAAGUCGAGCCUUGUACGUAGAUUAGUUGGAGAUUCUAAUAUGAAAGUAAACAGCACGGAUGGAAUCGAUAUUGUUAAAAAAUGCCAAAUAAGAACAACUGAUGGUGAAUGGAUUAUUGGUAAAGUUGAAACAGAGAGGAAUAAAAUAAUAAACAGGAUACAAGAGGCUAUAUACAAAGAACCAAAACAAAGCGAAUUAGUUUCUGAUCAAGUAAUUCCAUACGAAGGGGAAAAAAACAGAAAAGAAGAAAUUUCAUCUAAGGAACCGCUGUCUAAAGUUGAAAGGAAACAAGAAAACUAUCAUCCAACUGUUUCAAUGGACAAUUCAUUGAAACAUGAAAACGAAAUUAACAUAAUGGACACUAUUACCCCGGUUGCAGAAAAAUCAAGUAUUAACAAACUUGUGAAAGAUAAUGUUGUCCUUUCUACUAAUGAUAUUAAAAAAUCCGCAGAUUCAAUAAAAAUUGACGAUAUGAGGAAAAAGAUUUUCGAACAAAUGGAUGAAAUUCUUUCUGAAGUUAAGAAGGAUCAAGACAGAAUGACAUCUGAGAGUUUGGUAGAAUGUGGUCUCUGGGAUUUUGCAGGCCAGAAAGACUAUUAUGCCACACAUCAAACUUUUUUAAAUCCACAUGCUAUUUAUAUUCUUGUUACAAAUAUAUCUGAAGACAUAGCAGCUACAGAAGAUGAGACAGACUUUGAUGCAAUUGAAGAAUACAUUGACUUUUGGUUUGACAGUAUUCACUGUUUGAGUACAAGUUCUUCAGAAGAGAAGCCAAAUAUACCAAAGGGGUAUUCAAAACAUAGAUUAUAUCCACCAGUCAUUGUAGUGUGCACUCAUAUUGACAAGUAUAAAACACAUAAAGAGGUUGAAAAGAGGAAAACAGAAUAUAUCGAAAAAUUUGAAGAAAUUGUUGGAGGUCAAUAUAAAGCUAAUCACAAUAGAGGCAUAUACUUUAUUUCUAACACAGAAUUUCUUGAAAGCGACUGUAAAAAAUUAAAAGACAAAAUUUAUGAAGUUGCAAAAGAGACGAUAUUUUUUGAGGAACAACUUCCCAGGCAGUGGAUUCAACUAGAAAAUGCGUUAAGCGUGUUGAAACACGAAUCGAAACAGAAUAUAUUGUCAUGGCAGACUAUUGUAGAAUUAGCCCAAAUAACUUUCAUUGAAGAAGAAGAACUUCUUCCUUUCCUAACUUACCAACAUAAAAUUGGGAACAUUAUUUUUUUCGAGGACAUAAAGGAGUAUAUCAUUGUACAGCCAGAUUGGCUUGUUAAGUGUUUCAGGUGCCUAGUAUGUGAUAACCAUCCAAACAAACGAAAUUAUGAAAUAGUAGAAUCGACUGACUGGAAAAAUCUAAAAAAGACAGGACAGUUAUCAGAUAACAUUAUUGAUAGGCUUUUUGAAAAAGAACCUGACUUAGAGUUUAAAAAAUACAAAACUCACAUACUUAAUGUGAUGGAAAAAUUUGAUAUUUUAGUAAAACCCACGUUUAUAGAUACCAACAACGAUUCGAGUCUAAUACCAAAUUCAUACUAUAUGCCAUGCAUGAUUACACAGCAAUCGACUUCUCUAGAUAUUAUUCAGAAAAUGUUUGAAGGUGAAAAGUGUAAAUUUAGUUUUUCACCAUGGUUGAUAUUUGAAUUUAAAUUUCUCCCCCUUGCUUAUUUCAAUCAUAUUCUAUUCUAUUAUAUAACAAAAUAUACAGUCUGUGAAGAGAAAAAGGGGCGAAAAACUUUAUAUAGAGGAAAAGCAUUGGUCAAUUUAGAUAAAACCAAACUCAGAAAGUUAUGUGUCUGUUUCUCAAAAAAUGCUAUAGCCUUACAGAUAUGGAAAUUAGCAGAUGUAGAUGAUAAAAUAUAUAGCACUAUUUUAGAAGAGCUAUGUAGAAAAAUUGCAGACUUAAAGAAAAAAUUAAGACAGAGCAUAUCUUACGAUAUAAAAGCGAAAUGCAGAAAUGGAGACUACUCUAACAAACAAGGCAGAAUUACUUAUAAAGAACUAGGUGAAAUAUGUGAACAAGGACGCUACUGGUGUCCUGAACAUAAUGAUAUGCAUAGUAAGGACGACGUAGAGAAAACCUGGUUACAACAUGCUGACAUAGUUGAAAAGAUUUCUGAUGAAAUAAGCACGAGGGAGGAUGAACUUAUUCCAAAUAUUGAACCAAACAAAGAAGAAGAAAUUGCUCAGGAUCAAGCAUUAGUCAAAGCCAACCUUCCUGUUUCUGUCAUUUUGCGUCAACAGUUUAAUAUCCAAAAGUCAAAGAAUGAAUAUCUGACCAUACUUAGCUGUAUCAAAAUAGACAAUACAUUAGUGUUUACCGACUAUAGGAAUGAGCGACUUAUUAUUUGUAAUUCAGACGGUACUGAUAUCCAUCACAUUCCUCUGUACUAUCAACCAUAUUUUAUGACAGAGGUAAAUUUUAAUACUGUAGCCGUAUCCUGUGGACGUCACAGAACCAUACUGAUAAUAAAUAUAUCUACACGUUCUGUCACCAGUACAAUCAACACCAGUGGUAACUGCUACGGAAUAUCAUAUAAUGAUAAUAAACUGUACGUUGUUAUUGAUUACAGUAAAAUGCAUGUGAUGGACCUGACAGGUAAAGUAAUACGUACUAUACCUUUACCUUCAGGCAGUAUCCGCGACAUUACAGUAGACAGAGACAGGUUGGUCUGUACAGACGUUACAUCAAUAUACUGCUGCUCGUUAGAUGGUAAACUAAUUUGGAAGUUUAAAAUGGAUAAAUUACAAGAUUUACGUCGUGUGACUACAGAUGAUGAGGGGAGUGUGUAUGUGACUAAUGAUCUUACCAACACUGCAGUAGUAGUAUCAGAUGACGGGAAACAUCAUAGAGAACUUCUUACUGAAUCAGAUGGAUUGAAAAAUCCGAAUGGAAUUUAUUUUGACAAAAAAGAAAAUAUUCUGCUUGUUUGUAAUAUUCGUGACGGAAAUGUUUUUCUUUUUGACUUGAAGAUGAAACCAACAUAAAUAAACAUGAAUAAUUCUUUCAGACAAUGAGUUUAUUCGGCCUUGGAUCUGUUUGUGCCUUUUGCCAUUCAAAGUUACUUCUAUAUAUACAGUGGCGUAGCUAAGCCAUUUUUCAGUGUACGCCCGAACCCCGGCGAGGGGUUUGAGGGUCCCAAGCAGGUACAGGGCCAGGGACCUCCCAGCAGGGGUCCGACGGAAGCUAACGAUUUAUUGAGAGAGAGAUACUAUUUCUGUCAUUAAAACUCAUCAAUAGCAACAUACUUUAAAGUCUAAUUUCUUGAUUUUUUCAUGUAUAAUUUAUUCAGUGUGUUGAUUUGGAAUCUAAUGGCCAAUAGUUGUUACUAUGAAAUAUGUUUAAAAGGAGAUGUGGGGUAAAACAAUCAAUCGACCAAAGAUCCAAACCUUUCGAAAUAUAAAAAAAGCAAGUCUACAUUUUCAAUGGUGUCGUUCUUUUGAUUAUUAUGACUUAAUCUAGUUUUCUCCUCUUUUAUGCGCAAAUUUCGUUAAUGGACAAGUACAUGCAAUAAUAAAUUUUCAUAGGUGGUCAGGUGUGAUAUGAACAUACUCAAAGGGUUCCGUGGAAUCCUGUGUCUCGCCUGGGAUUGCUGCUGUCGGUUAAACCAUAAAAAGUGAAUCCAUUUAUCAGUCAAAUACAGGAUUUAAAAGAAAUCAAACUUUUCUUUAAAUGUUUUUUCUUGAUCUUGGAAGAUAAGCUUCUGUCCAAGUUUCAUAACAAUCUAUGAAAGUUUACAAAUGUAGCAGGUGAAAAAUAUUUAAUCCAAGACCGUCUGUUAAUUGCCCCAAAAAAAUGGUAAAAUACUGAAAAAUGAAAAAAAAAAUGUUUAGACUGAAAUUUGCUGAUUGUUAUAAAAGUCUUGAAAUCAUUUAAAAGUAAAGGAAUAUAUCUCCCCCAUGCAAAACUCUGAUUUUUUGUCCGGAAUUGGCUAUACUUUAGGUACGUUUUAUUUUGAUCAGCUCUUCCAAUGUUUUUAUUAGGUUUUGGAUUUUCAAAUAUUUCGGCCUCGAGCAUCACUGAUGAGACAUUAAUUGUCAAAAUGCGCAUCUGGUGCAAAAAAAAAAAAUCGUACAGUUGGUGUUAACAUUUUCACAUAAAAUUCGAUGAAGUUUUGACAAAGUAAUUGAUGCGUAACAAACGGUAUCUACUUGUAAACUAUUAAAAACAAUGUUCUUUUCAAUAAAAUGCGGAAAAAUUAAAAGCAAAUUUUCAUAAUUAUGCUCUGGAUACUCUUUUGGUCAUAAAAAAAGUAUCUGCCUAUAUUCGGUAAAAUUUCAUAAAGGUUUUACAAAUUUAUUGAUGUUGUAAAAAAAAUUUAACCACAGGCUGAACAUAAAUAUUGACGACGCCAACGCCGAUUACGGAAUGUCUCGCAGGCUCGACAAAACUGCAUAUCGUAUCUCAGCAGAUAAUGAAUUGCUUUAAACUAUAGGAAAGGGAGGAUAAUUCACAGUAGAUUCAGAUUUUGACAGAAAACUAACAAAUAAAUAAUAUGAUACCAUUUGAUUAAAAAGUAAAUUUCUUCCGACUGUUAUCUUCAAUUAAAGUCAGUGGAGAAAGAACUACAAGGCUCAUGUGCUUUUAGCCAGAUCUUUUAAUCUAUUUAGAUUAAAAUAUUUUUUCUCCAAAAUUCAUGUGUACGCCCGGGCGUUUUGACGUAAACGUAGCUACGCGCCUGAUAUAUUUGUUUUCUUUACUAUAAAUCUAACUUAAUUGAUUGUCAUGAUCUGUACAGGUGUCUUCCUUUUUAAGAUUGAAGACAGUAUUAACAAUUGUGUUAUGUACAUGUUUUGUGUGAUCAAUGUUUAAUUUCAUUUGUGACAACAAAUCAACUUUAUAUGAAAAUUUAUAGAAAUGUUACAAAGACGUGUUGUUCUUUGAUUCACGUCCACUUUUUUACUUGAUAUGUAUCUCCUCAUUAACUUUUUGUCUCAAAUUAAAGGCAUUCUUUACGGAUGUGUUGUUUGUAAAUAAAAUCGGAACACAUUAUCAAUUGUAUUGUGUCGUUGGGUUGCUGUUUCAUUGACUGGUACUCCUUUUUCCUUCAUUUGCCAAUUCAUUUCUUUCUUUCAUCCCGGUAGACUUGCAUGUACAUUUCAUAUCAAAAUAAUUCAGAUAUAUAAAUUGUUUAUUUGUUCUCACCAUGAAUAUGCAUGAUAUAUUUGCCACUGAAUGGUACACAACCAACAUAUUAACUAAUUAAAUCUUCCAUUCGUACAAAAUUAUAUGACAUGUUUUAAUUUUAUUCGUUUGUUCAUUUUCUAAUAUCGUGAAAGGUUGUAAAAAUUUGAUGUUAAUCAAGUACAAAUAACGCAUGGUCUUACACCAUACAGAUUGAUAUGAAUGUGUUAGAAUGACUUUGUUUCCAACAUCCAAAUUAAAUUCCGUUGAAAAUUUACAAAAAUAUGGAAAGAUUAUGAUUGAUUUUCAAAAUGUAAUCUUGAACCUCGGCUGUUGUAUUUGAUCAAUGUUGUUCGAAUAUUUAUCUUUCGGCUUUUUGUUUUAAACAUGUGAACAUUCAUUUGUUAUAUAUAUUUCAAUAGGGAAAAUCAACUUUUUCUGAGUAAGAAACAACAUACAUGCUCCUAUCUUUAAGUAUAAUUCAUACUCUUAUGAGAAAGAUAUUAUCCAUGAAAAUGUUAUCUGGCGUACUCAUAUAAAAACCGAUUUUUUUUCUUACUGAAUCAAACUGAUUGAAUGGGCCGUUUGGAUUGUAUUUUAACAGACAAGGAAAUAUUCUGCUUGUUUGUUAUAGAGAUAACGGAAAAGCUUUUUUUUUUUGACGUGAUAAAGAAACUUGCCUGAAUGAACUUAAAUUAGUUCAUUCGAUUUCGGAUUUUUGUAUUCGGUCAUUCUAAAUGGAUUUUAUGUGUUUGUAUGUUAUCUAUUGAAUACAAAUUCAACUAAAUUAAUUGUGCUUUAUCUUCCAUAAUUACUACCAUGCUUUCUUAUGAGUUCUAUAUAAGAUAUUCUGUAUUCGGAUUUUAAUAAAAAAUAAUUUUUAUUUGUA